GAGUGGCAGUGGCGAGGUAUUUGCUCCUGGGCUGAGCCGCAAACCAUAGAAUCAAAGGGCUCCUUUUGGAUCUCUCGGUUUUCCUUUUCCCCCUCCCUCUCCUCUGUUUCAUAUGGAUAUUAUGGCUGAUAACACAACUAUUUUAGGGAGCCCAUGGCCUGAAAAUUUCUGGGAUGAUCUUAUAAUGUCCUUCACAGUAUCCAUGGCCAUCGGUCUCGUCAUUGGAGGUAUCAUCUGGGCAUUGCUUGUCUGUCUGUCCAGACGAAGAGCCAGUGCUCCCAUCUCCCGGUGGAGUUCAAGUCGUCGUUCCAGACCUUAUUCCCAUAGUCUCAACAGGACUGGAUUUUACCGGCACAGUGGCUGUGAACGUCGCAGCAACCUCAGCUUGGCCAGCCUCACCUUCCAGAGGCAAGCCUCCCUGGAACAAGCCAACUCCUUUCCUAGAAAAUCAAGUUUCCGGGCCUCUACUUUCCACCCUUUCUUACAGUGUCCUCCAUUACCUGUGGAAACUGACAGUCAACUAAUGACUCUUCCUUCCACCAAUACUGCCCCCAUCAUCAACACCACACACAGUUUGAGCCGCCCGGACUUUCAUUGGUCUAAUAAUAGCCUUCGUGUUGGCCUUUCAACACAAACUCCUCCACCAGCUUAUGAGUCUAUUAUAAAGGCAUUCCCAGAUUCUUGAAUAGAAGAUUAUCUGUGCUUUCUCUGAGGUAAUCACAAAUAAAUUUUAUAAAUUUUGAGGAAGGGGAUGUAGUCAAGAUGACUAGAAAGUCCCCAGAACUGUAUUAUACUGGUAAUAUUGGAAACUAAUGCACUAUGUUUGGUCUAUAUAAAAAAAAGUGCCUAUGUACCACAAAAACUUCAUGUUCUACUAUAUACAUUUUGUAAUUUUGUAUUCUUGUAUUAUAAGGCUUUUAGGAAAGAGGAAUGGGUCUGCUGAAAUAUUGUAUACCCCCUCUAGUGUUUUUUAAAAAACAUAACUGAUGAAUCUAUAUUUUUAAGAUCCUUCUGCUUAGUCUUAUGUUUAUUAUGGGGAAAAUUAUUUAAAUGCCCAUCCCUAUGCUUCAUGAUGAAAAUUUGGGUUUCUUCUUUGAGAAAAUUCCCUUCAUUUUGACAUCAAAUCAAAUCUCAAAACACUUUUAAAUCAUCUGGUAGCUUUAAAAUUGCAACAGAAAGAGACUGAAUUGCACUGACCUAUGAAAGAUACCAUAGGAAAACAAGUAGCAGAAGGAGUGUUUGACUUUUCUAUUUCCAGAGACACUCUAUUAUAGUUUUUUUUUUUCUCAUUCAUGAUUAUUCCUGUCAAUAAAGUCGCUAUGGAGAUCCUCGUACACAGAGGGAAGAGAAGGGAGCAAUCAUUUACAUAGUGCUACUGUGUGCCUAAAACUUUGGUAACCACAUUUUACAAAUAUCUCAUUUGAUCCUCACAACAACCCUGGGAGGAAGGUGCUAUUAUUAUUCCCAUUUUAUAAUUAGGGAAACUGAGGUGAAAUGAAUUGCCCAGGGUCACAUAGCUAGUAAACAUGUGAGGCCAAAUCUGUACUCAAAUAUUUCUGACUCCAGGCCCAGUUUUUGACCUAUUUUUCCACCAGUUGGAUGUUAGAACUUUCAUUGUUAUCACUAUCUUUCAUUUUUUCUUAGCAAUUGUCAUCACUGAAAAAAAAUCCAACUGCAUUUUAUACCAUUCUUAUACCAAGAAAGGAAUGAAUUUUAUAAUAAAACUAUAUGGUAUCAGAGGAUGAGAUUUUCUUUCUUAUACUAAGGUUUAAAUCUGAUUUAUAUCUCAGAAAAGCUAAAUAUGUAUUUCUAUCAUCAUCUUUUUCCUUUGUACUUAAGGUAUUUGUUUAGAGAAGAAUCCUAUCCUAUAUAAAAAUAAAGGUUAAGUUUUGUUUCAAAGAAACCAUUCCUGAUUUACCAAUAUGAACUGCUGCUUGCAAAAUCUCCUACGAUUUUUUGCUUAAUGAUAAAACAUAUUGAAUUGUAUGGGGUACAUACAUAAGGCACACAGAUCUAUGCAGUUCAAGGGGCUUAUUUUUAUGGGCUGUCAUCCUCUUAUAGAAUACCUCUCUAGCUGCUGGAAAUGUAAUUGGUCCAAUUUCAUGCUGAUGCUCUGGCCUUUGUCAGACAAAUGAGACCCAGAGUUGGCUUCAGUUAGAGUGAAAAUGUAGUUUGUUUUUUGAAUAAAAGUUGUACAUUUUAUUGGGUAUUCAUCUUUCAUUUUUAUUUCUAAAAAUCAGUGAGUGGCACCAUUAACAGUAGUUAAAUAUGGGCCUAAAAUUUUUAAAAUUAAUUCUGACAUUAGGGCUCAGGAUCUUCUGAUAAUUUUAGACUUCUUUUAUGUCUUUUUAUUCCUUAAGUAAAAUUGUUUUUUGUGAAUGUUA